AUGCGACGAAUUUCUGAAGCUCAAAUGAAACAUUUUAUACCUUCGUUCGAACAAAAUUCAUCAAAAAUAAAUCCACAAAAUCCGAUCAAAAAUCGAGAAGAAAUUCCAAGUGAAACUAGUAAAUCAUCAUCAAGCAAUCAACCAGUAGUAUCCAGUAUGUCAGCAGCAACUAAUUCUGCAUUGACGACAUCAAUAAAUAAUAAUCUCGAUAAUAAUGAAACUCAUCUAUUAAUUUGUGGUGGUCCAAAAGUGGGCAAAUCAACUUUAAUCAAUGCUCUUUGUGGUUGUUCCGUAGUCAAAGUGAAUCAUACGAUUGGACUUGAUGAAUGUACACGAACAAUAAAUUGUUAUAAAUUGAAUAAAAUUCACUUUUGGGAUACACCUGGAAUACAAGAUUGGUCUAAUUUAGAUAUAAAUUCAUAUUUAAAUGCAGCAUCAUUACAUGAAACACCAUUGUGUAUGUUCUAUUGUGCUUCACCGGGAUCAUUUGUUAAACUUAAACAACUUGAUAUAUUACUUCAAGAAUGUAUUCAUCAUCGUCACAUUUAUUGUGUUCUAAUUGUAACAAACAUGUAUUCAAAUGUGAAUCGGAAUUAUAUACUUGAUGAAUUCAAACAAAUUUUAGAGAAAUAUGUCGAUCGAAAAGAAGAUAUUCGAGAAGAAAAUGGUAUUUGGUAUUAUGGACAAGUCGGCUUAUGUACAAUGGUCAAUAGUCAAGAAUUUACAAAUGAAAUAACUGGUAAACAACAAUUACAGAAAGGUAUCAAUGAAUUAAUUUUGACUUUAAUGAAAGUCUUUAGUGGACAAAAACAAUUACGUAAUUGGUUACGUACUGUUGAAAAUAAUCGACAAUUUUGGAUAGAAAAACAGAAAGAACUUUGUCAAAUGAUACAAUAA